UUUCUAUACUGAAGCAAAACACUCAAUUUAAAUUUUAAAACAAUGGUCGAACUAAUCACUAAGUAUUAGAUGCCGAAUGCGUGUGGCAAGCGACCGAGUUGGGAAGUUACUCCGAGAUAACCAGUUGGCACAAACUCUUAAUUCAACAUAUAAAGAUUUGAUAACAAUUUCAAUUCAAUAUGGUUAAGUGAGCCACGUGUGGUUUAUACAAAAGACGAGACAUUGCUGGUUCAUGUGAAUUUGUCCAUAUGUUAUACAACGCAAACAUAUAAAGCCUCUUGGAGAUAGUGAUGCCACUUUGUCCAAGAAAGACAAAAAGAAACCGAAGAAAAGUGGAUCCCGCCCACCGGGGGUCGCUUACGAUAACAAAAAGUUUCCGAACAAUUGCCACGUUUGUCGGUUAAUGGUGGAGGAAAUCAAACAUUCGUUGAAAGGAGAAGCAGAUCUAACGGAGGAGCAACUAAAAGAGAAAAAGAGAAAAGAUCGAAGAAAAUCAAAAGCGGAAAGAAAAAGAGAAAAGGCUUUACCGAUGCUCGUAGCAAUCGAAGAAGUUUGUAACAGUAUGCUUGGGUACUUACCGCAACAAGCGGAUAAAACCAAAUUCAGAUACGUGAAGUCACAUGACCUGAAAGAGGUCAAUUCCUUGAUUAAAUCGCAGGAGGAAAACGACAACGCUGCAGAUGAGCUAGCGCGUAAAUACGACGCUUAUAGACAUCCUGAAACUAACCGCUUGCUGGCGAUGUGCGACGAAAUCAUAAAUCGAGAGGAAAACAACUUAAUGAGAUGGAACACCAAUGAAGAAAAAGAAGAUUUGUUUGAUUAUUUGUGCAGAAAUAGAGUUUUUACUGUGGAAGAUUCCGAUGAAUGUCUCAACGAAACUUCAGCACGUGACGAUCUAUGGGUAAAAGCUUUUGAUGUUGUGCUCGAGAAACAUCCCGAGUUAAGAAAUAAGCAAGAUCUUUAACGUAAAAUUAACACGGUUAUUUGAAUGUUGAGUUAUUCGUGGUGGUUUCUGACUUUUUUCCCGGCGAGUAAAAAUAUAUAAUAUGUAGAAAAUAUAUGGAAAGGUAUAUAAUAAAUGCAUAAUACCUCUUCGCUUUACGGACACAUUUGCGUCUAAGAAAAAUGUAAUUACUUAAAAAUCUGUCGCGAAGCCAGUAAUAGACAACCUAUAC